AUGAAUCUUUUCGAGAAAUUGGUCGAGGAUGAUGGUGCUGCGAAAAGCAAUAGCCAACUGGCUGCUAUGACUGGUGCAGACCCUGUGUUGCUGAGCCGCAUAUUGAAGCAUUUGGCGGCCGCGAGAGUCAUUGAAGAAGUUGAUGCGGAUACAUUCGCACCGACUGGGCUUUCAAAUGCGCUGAUUGAACCGAAAUAUCGAGAUGCUUUUCCUACUGUCAACGACGCCGCCGGGCCUCCACUACGGCAAUUGCACAGAUACCUCGCCUCGACCGGCUUUAAGAAUCCGACAAAUCCUACAGAUGGGCCAUUUCAAUAUGGCCACAACACAACUCUCCACACCUUUGAAUGGAUGAAAGAACAUCCGUUAAUUUACCAACAAUUCGGCAAUUUCAUGGCAGGUUACACACAAGGCCGGCCAAGCUGGCUGGAUUUCUUUCCAGCAGAGGAUCGAAUAGUCAAAGGCUUAAGUGAAAAGGAGGAGGCGGUACUGCUCGUUGACGUAGGCGGAGGGAUGGGCCAGGAUCUUGAGGAGUUUCGGAGAAGGAUGCCGAGUGUGAAGGCAGAGUUGGUACUGCAAGAUCAGGAAGAGUUUGUCGAGAGAGCAAAGGCAGGUCUAGCUGAGAAGGGCAUUAGAGCUAUGGCGUAUGAUUUCUUCACGCCCCAGCCUAUCAAAGGAGCACGAGCAUACUACCUCCACUCCGUCCUCCAUAACUGGCCGGACUCCAAAUGCAAAGACAUUCUCUCCAACCUCAAACCCGCCCUCGCCAAAGGUUACAGCAAGCUUCUGAUCAACGAGGUCGUGAUCCCCAACAAAGGCGCGCCGGCUGUGAGUACGGGCCUGGAUCUGCUGCUGAUGGCCGUUUCCUCUUCGGGACACCGCACGGAGAAGAAUUGGCAGGAGCUGCUGGAUUGGGCGGGGUUCCGGCUGGUGAAGGUUUGGGCGUUUGAGGCGGGGAUGGAGGGUUUGAUUGAAGCCGAAGUUGCUUGA